GAGGUUUUAAAGCCACUGAAACAAAAAUGCACAAAAAUGUACUGUUGCAAGAUUCCUCAUCCAAAUAAGGCAUUGUACUGAAGCACGGCGUAACGGCUGCUGCAGAGAGCUGACAGGAAGGAGGGACCUUUACAUGUUGUGGUGGGUAAUCAUUCAAUAGUAUAGAAAAUGUGUGUCUGACUGUAUGUGUGUGUGUGUGUGUCUGUGCGCCACACAGAAAGGGAAAGCAGAUGGGGACAGUUUACUGGCUGCAUAUUGUGUACAGUUUGUCAACAGGCUGACUAAAUAGACUCAGACAUGCCCAGAGGAAAUGUGUUUGCUGUGACAUUCCACUGUAUGGUGGAAGAAGACACACACUGUCAACAACAUGACAUGAAAGAGAGAGAAAGAAAGAGGAGGAUGGGGAAGAGCAACAGCCCCCUCACAUAUAUUAUUACUUUACCCUAGAUUUAUGCAAAUUAAUGGCUUUUCAUUUAAAUAUAAAACAUAAUUUCCUGUGCUGGACUCAACCGCCAAUUUCCCCAUAGUGGGACAAAUGAAGGAAUCUUAUUUUUCCCCUCAGUAUCAGAUCAUUUACUUAAGUAGGUAAAAGCAGAGAUACAACAACAAAGUAGUGGGACUUAAGUGGUCCCACUACUUAAAGAGUAGUUAAACACUUUAGUUACAUGACUAAAAGUGCUUCCAGGACAGAAACAUAAUUCAUGUUUUUAUAUUUAUGCAUGAGAUUUUGGGGAAUUAUCAAGAUUGGAUUAAUGUAAUAUUUAUAAAACCGUUAGAAUCAUUAUGAAAAUGUUUAACCAAAGCACUCGGCCUACAUCUUAGACAAAUAACAUCAACCCGAUGAAAUACACCUGGUUAAUGUCCAGACAAACAUCUCUGUGUGUUUGCGGAUCUAAAAUUAGUGCAGGACUGUUUAUUCACUACAUACGGAACAGUAGCAGGCCUGUGUGGAUGUCCAGCUCUUUACUCCUGGUUAUAAUUGGUUGAUCACCUUAUUACUUAUUGAUAUUUAAGAGGAGGGGUCCACACUUGUUUUCAGGGGUUAACUGUUAGGGUCAGCUGUGGGCUAAAUAAAACGCCUGUCACUGUGUCAACAAGGCCACCAAUGACCGAGGAAUGCGCCUCCUCAUCGCAGCUCUCCCCUGGGGGUAAAGGAGAAGGGGGAGGAGGAGGAGGGGACAUCUCAGCCGGGACUUUCCUCUUUACCCCGCACAGGGGAAAAAGUUGAAUCACCGGGCACAGAGCCGGCGAUGUUCCCCGGCGCGGUGCCACCACGGUGGAGCUAGUAUGCGGACCAGUGCGCGGUGGAGGGGCCGCGGCGGCAGCCUCCUCCUCCGGCUCCACUGGUGGAUCCCGCUCCUGCUCCUGACGCUGCCGGUUCUCGUCGCGCUCCAGCUCCUCGUCGUCGGGCCGCGGUUACCUCCAUCCGCCGGGGACGGGCCGGAGGAGCAGGAGGGCCCUGUCGCCUUCUCGGUCAUUAGCAUCGAACCAGAGAGGAGUAGCCCGUCCCUCCACCGGGGAAUCCCGUCCUCCUCCUCCCGCAGACCGGGUCCGGAGGAAGAGGAAGAGGAGGUGGAAGAUGGAGAGAGGGGGGAGGGAGCCCGAGCCUAUGAGGAUGAGAACGAGAUACAUCAGGUUGGAUCCAGAGCACUGGAGGUGCAGCCGUGGGCGGACAACAAGCCGUCAUUCACGGCAGAGCUCAGUCGUCUCAUCACAUACAUCACCAAGCCACAGCUGAACUGCUCCAGGGUUUUGUCUCCAGGUCAGGCUCAGGCCUCACAGCCCCCCGCGGCCUCACACCACUGGCUGCUGUGUGCUGAGGACUGGCUCCUUCCAGUUGCACACAGACCAUGUGUUGCAUACUCCUUCAGUAUGGAUGGAAGAGACGCAGACUUUCUCAAGACUGUGACUGGGCUCGGAUGUGAGGUGCACAGGUUUGAUCCCAGCAACUCCAAUACAGCUAAUGGUCACCUUAGCAACAGUUUGGCUAGUAACCACAGCGACAGAGGUGUGGUCAGCCGGCACAAGAUGUGGCUGGAGUGGCGUGCUCCAAGGAGGCGCAAGCGCAAGGCAAGAGGCAACCUGGGUAGUGUCUCACAAACCCUGGCAGACAUCAUGGUGGCUCUCGGACAUCACACUGUUCACUUUAUGUUCACCGACCUCCUCAGCGCAGAGUGGCGAGUUUUCCAGAACUGGAUUGAGUCAGGAAGUCUGCAGAGUGUCCAUCAUCUGGUCGCCACGGUGCAUCUGCAAUGGGCAGGGUUUGAGGUGGGAGGAACCGACGAGGAGGUGCUGUGCUAUUGGUUCAGCAUCCUGCAGGGCCUCAGAGCUUCUGGCCUGAAGCUGGUCAACAGCUCUGCAGGAGAUGGUCACAGUGUCCUGAAACGGACUGUGGGCGACGCUCACAGCUCUUACACACUGAGCUGGGUCAACACAAGACAUUAACACACACACAUGAAUGGGCACAGGUGAACACACGUGACUACACAUGGUGCAUGGCCUCAAAUAAGGUCCUACAAUGAACUCCCCCCCUACCCCUUUCAUUUCAGGCUCACACAUUUCUUAACAUGACAUCGCCCUCUGGUGGAGAGGAAUGGACGUUUCUUUCUCUGACGCCACCCUCAGAGGGAGAUACUAAUGUGUCUGUACAUACACUGGCUAAUUUGACCAAAUAUGGAGAAGAAGGAGGUUUCCUUGAUAUAACCUGGCAACAGCAUAGUGAUGAAAUAAUUACAGAUUCAAUUUUGUCUGUCGUGCACAUUUCCAUUUCUUUUUUGUCCUCGUUAUUUGUAUGUAUUUGAACCAUAGAUAUUUUGAUGAUGUAAUAUUUUAUGAAUAUCAUAUUCAUACUAUUAUUAUUCAGUGCAAUCCAUUUUGCAGCUUUUGGCUCCAGCAGUGGUUUGAACAUAGAUUGUGUGCAUCUGUGAAGGCCUUAGAGAGCUUUUAUAUGUGCAAUAAUUGUUUAAAUUGAAGAGAGGCUUUGGUUAUAUUAAUGAUUGUCCCUGUUGUAAAAUAUAUAGAAAUUCUUCUAUGAAUCUGAUGUAUUGUUUGCACUGUGCUGUACAACAAAGAAGAUAAUGUGUCACAAAUGUGGUUUUAUACAGCAGUAAAAACCUAAAAUAAAUCCAGAAAUCCUUUACUAAAA